GCACUCUUUGAAGGCCCCGACAUUGGCAAAGGGCGAGGCAGCGCUCGCUCGCUCAGGGAUCCAGCCACCCCUUGUGAAAUUACCGCACUUCGUCUUCCUCGCAGAGAUGCAACUGGAUUAGUAUCCAAAACGUCGGCCGUGCUGAUCAUUAGUUGAGGAUUCUCGAAUCUCGCUUCCAUCCGGUGAACGAUAGGUUUUUGGUUUCUUCCGAAUGAUUGAACAGAGGGAGUCGCUGGAUCCUGAGGAAGUUAUUGAUUCGUUUAUGAAUCAGAAGGAUCGGUCUCUCUUCUUAAACGACGUUGGAGACGGCUUGGUCGACUCUGAGAAAUCUCGAGAAUACUGCAACGCCGAAUAUUUAAUCGGUCUGCCUCGUCCAAAUGAUAGUAGUGCGUUUUCUAUGCCUUCCGGAUUUGAGACCAGCGCGGUAGCAUCUGGACAGCCAGAUGCUGAUAGGGUAGAGGGACAAUCAGUGGGCCAUCAGGAAGCUGGAGCUCAAGAAAGUUUUGCUGGACAGAACACCAGUUUUCUAGAAGGUAAUUCUAUGGAAAUUAUGCCGGUGGUGCCUGCAAACAGCGGAGAGAAGAAGGUUGGCACUCUUCUUGCUGCAGCAAUGAGGAAAUACGCCGUACCGAGAUCUUCAUGCUACCAUGGAGUCACUAAGCUAAAAUGGAGUGGGAAAUUCGAAGCACACCUAUGGGAUAACACCUGUAAGGUAGAAGGCAGAAAGCGGAAGGGAAAACAUGUUUAUUUAGGAAGCUAUGACUCUGAGGAGAAGGCAGCUAGAGCACAUGAUCUUGCAGUUCUUAAAUAUUGUGGUCCAAGCCAUACUUCUAAGCUUAACUUCCCCGUUUCUGAGUAUGAGAAAGAGCUUGAGAUCAUGGAGUCCAUGACUCAGGAUGAGUAUGUCGUUCAUGUUAGAAGACAAAGUAGUUGUUUCUCAAGAGGAGCUUCUGUUUACAGAGGAGUCACAAGAAGGAAAGAUGGGAAAUGGCAGGCCCGAAUUGGUCGUGUUGGUGAGAGCAGGGAUGUCAAAGACAUAUAUCUUGGAACAUUUGAAACCGAGGAAGAAGCUGCUGAAGCCUAUGACAUUGCUGCAAUUGAGCUCCGAGGAGUUCAUGCUGUGACGAAUUUUGAUAUUAGCAAUUAUUGUGAGGGUUCUUUCAAGCAAAUCGAAGAACCUCCCUGCAAGUUAGAGACUUGAUUUCUUGCAUUAUAAGUGCAGACAUUGUAACAUAUUGUUUUCUGUUCUUUAUUCCAUAGUUUCUCAAUGUUUUGCUUUAGUGAUCUUUGACUUGUAAACUGGAUGUUGCUGAUUCCGAAAUUUUCUUAUUUUCAUUGAAAAAACUGCUUCAGGUUUCAGUU